UAAACCGCCAUGGAUUCUCCUCAGCAACAAAGAACCGCUUCCACACCGCCACGGCCUCCUCCUCAAAAUGGAGAUUAUUUUCCGAUCCUCAUAAUGGCAUUUGCUUUUGUGAUUAUCGGCUCCACAGUAAUAAUUCCAUUAUCUUCAAGUACUAAAAACACCUUAUCCAUUUUGCAUCAAGUCCCAGAAGGUUAUGUUGGUGUGUAUUGGACGGGUGGAGCCCUUUCAAAAAGAAUAACAGAGCCAGGAUUCCAUUUUCAGAUGCCUCUGAUAACUCACUAUGAGCCUGUUCUAGUUACUCUUCAAACAGAUCUGGUGAGGGAUAUUCCUUGCGGUACUAAAGGGGGUGUGAUGAUCAACUUUGAAAAGAUAGAGGUUGUCAAUCGGCUUCGAAAAGAAUAUGUAUACGAAACACUUCUCAACUAUGGCGUGCACUAUGACAACACAUGGAUAUACGACAAGAUUCAUCAUGAAAUCAAUCAGUUUUGCAGCUCUCAUACACUUCAACAAGUCUAUAUAGAUGUGUUUGAUCAGAUUGAUGAGAAGAUGAAAGAGGCUCUUCAGGGUGAUUGUACACGCUAUGCACCGGGAAUUGAAAUUCUUAGCGUACGAGUUACAAAGCCAACAAUUCCUGAAAGCAUUAGAAGAAAUUAUGAACAAAUGGAAGAGGAACGUACGAAGGUUUUAAUUUCAAUUGAGAAACAAAAAGUAGCUGAGAAAGAAGCAGAGACCCAGAAAAAGAUGGCUGUGAGUGAAGCUGAGAAGGCUGCCACUGUUAGCAAGAUCAUGAUGGAACAGAAGUUGAUGGAGAAAGAGAGUUCCAGGAGACAGCAGGAAAUUGAAAACCAAAUGUACAGUGCUCGUGAAAAGAGUCUAGCAGAUUCGGAUUUUUACCGUGUGAUGAAAGAAGCUGAAGCAAACAAGUUGAAGCUGACUCCAGAAUUUCUUGAGCUCAGAUUUAUAGAAGCCAUUGCUGAUAACACAAAAAUUUUCUUUGGAGACAAGGUACCCAAUAUGGUUUUGGAUCAAAGGUUGCUUGGUAACUUCAUUCAGAAUAUGUCUAAUCAAGUGCAUGGUUAGAAGCGAGUAAAGUCAAAUGCUUAAAGUUUUCAGGUA